ACAAACAAUCCCACAGAAUAUAAAGUAUAAACUCAAACAAACCGCAUAUUUUUUUUUUAUUUUCUUAAUUAUAAAUUACUAUUAAUGCUCCUUCUUCAUUAAAUCCUUCUUCUUUUUUUAUUUUUAUUUUUUAUUUUUUUCUCCCAGUCUUCCCCCGCAAUUGUCGCAGCAGACUCAGAACUCAGAAACACAAAGCGACAUUCCGUUUCUGCGUUUCCCUCACUUUCUGCUUUCUACUAUAAAACGCGGAGGCGCACGCUGCGUCGUUGUUAUUUGAACUGGGUCGAGGAUCCGACCCGGAUCCAUGGGGUGCGUGAGUUCGAAGCAAGCGGUGUCGGUGACGCCCGCGAUUGACCACUCCGGCGCCUUUCGCGCCAAUGCCGCCGGCUUGGGCGAGUCGGAGAGGAAAGAAAAGCGGAACAGGAAGAGGAACGAGUCAGGCGGAGCGAGUCAGAGCGAGGUAGGUGAGUCGGGGAGAACGAGUUCGAAUUCGAAUUGCGACUCGCUCAGCUUCAGGUUGGGGAACCUCCAAAAGUACGUGCAGGGAGAACACGUGGCCGCCGGCUGGCCGGCGUGGCUGAGCGCCGUCGCCGGCGAAGCCAUUCACGGCUGGUUCCCCCUCCGCGCCGACGCCUUCGAAAAACUCGAGAAGAUAGGGCAGGGAACGUAUAGUAGCGUGUUUCGUGCGAGGGAGAUUGAGACGGGGAAGAUAGUGGCAUUGAAGAAGGUGCGGUUCGAUAACUUCGAACCGGAGAGUGUGCGGUUUAUGGCGCGUGAGAUUAUGAUUCUGCGGCGGCUUCAUCAUCCCAAUGUUAUAAAGCUCGAGGGCUUGAUUACUUCGAGGUUGUCGUGCAGCAUCUACCUUGUCUUUGAGUACAUGGAGCAUGACAUUACAGGGCUCUUGUCUUCCCCUGACAUCAAGUUCACUGAACCGCAGAUUAAGUGCUACAUGAAGCAGUUGUUGGCUGGUCUUGAGCACUGUCACUUGCGGGGAGUGAUGCACAGGGACAUUAAGGGGUCGAAUCUUUUGGUGAAUAAUGAAGGGGUUUUGAAGGUGGCGGAUUUUGGAUUGGCGAAUUAUGUCAAUUCUGGGCACGGGCAACCUCUGACUAGUCGUGUUGUCACCUUGUGGUACCGGCCGCCGGAGCUUUUGCUUGGCUCGACAGAUUAUGGUCCGACCGUGGAUCUUUGGAGUGUUGGCUGUGUGUUUGCGGAGCUGCUUGUCGGGAAGCCUAUACUUCAGGGGAGAACAGAGGUUGAACAAUUGCACAAAAUUUUCAAGCUCUGUGGCUCCCCACCUGAUGAAUAUUGGAAAAAGACCAGACUUCCUCAUGCAACUUUAUUUAAGCCACAGCAACCAUAUGAUAGUUGCCUUCGACAAUCCUUUAAAGAUAUCCCAGCGACCAGUGUACAUCUGCUACAAACUCUUCUUUCUGUAGAACCAUACAAACGUGGGACUGCCACAUCUGCUCUCUCAUCAGACUAUUUCAAAACAAGACCUUUUGCGUGUGAUCCAUCAAGCUUGCCGAUAUACCCACCUAGCAAGGAAAUCGAUGCAAAACACAGGGAGGAGUCAAGGAAAAAGAUUAGUGGACGAGUUCGUGGAACUGAAACCAGAAAACCAUCAAGAAAGCCACUAGGAUUCAACAAACUAGCCCCUGCAGAGGAUUUGGCAAGUCGGACUCAGACUUCACAAAAGGUCAAUGGUAGGUCUUUCCGCGUCCUUGAAGAAGAGAAGACUAAAAUAGGUGACAAGGCACAAAAGCUAUCCAGUGGUAAACCUGAAGAUGCUUCCCAUAUGAAGAAUGCAUCUCCAGGAGAUAUUCCCCUUUCUGGACCAUUACAAGUUUCAACAUCAAGUGGCUUUGCAUGGGCAAAAAGCCGUAAAGAUGACACUUCAUUUCGAUCCCACUGUCGAACUAUUUCAAGAGGACAUAUUUUCAAUCCAUUAGAACCUUCUACAUUAAAUUCAAGGAAUAAUUUGGACACCACAAACCAGGAAAAUAAGGAGUUUUGUGUGGCAUACCCCAAAUCUAGGGGCCAUGACAUACUUGAAAUUCCGAAGUUUCCAAUGCAGAAUCAGUGGAGUAAGUUUGAUCGCCCAGAUUCAUUUGAUGCUUCAGAUGAGUACCACUCGCAAGAAUUGUCUAUGGCCCUUUAUCACAGAGAAGAUUCAUCAUCCAAGAGAAGUAACCUGAGUUUUCAAGAUCAAGGAGAAAAGGUUGAAUUUUCUGGACCCCUACUAUCUCAAAUGCACACAGUUGAUGAGCUAUUGGAAAAGCAUGAACGUCACAUCCGGCAAACUGUCCGGAGAUCAUGGUUUCAGAGAGGUAAGAGGCAUGGGAAGUAAAUCAAGUAAUUGCAUGUGUAUUUGCUCUUGUAGGGCAUAAACCUUGAGCAUCAUAUUAAAAUGAUACAAGAAGUCCUUCUGCGAAGGCCAUCUCCAUUCCCCAAGCACACUGCUAUGAGCAGAGAAUGAACACCAGACUUAUAUAACGACACACUGUCUUGCAGCAUGAUCUGUUAUAUAGAAGCUGAGAAAUUCAACAAUUUGAGAAGCACACUAUCUUCAGCUUUCAAUUUGCAGAAAUCUGAUGACCAAAAGAAUAAAGGUUUCAUUUCCCUCUUUUGGUCAAUUAUAGAUAAGAAUUUGUUUCUGUAUGGUCUAAAAUAAACUUCUCCCU